AUGAUGGAAGAAAGAAAUAAUAAAAGAUAUACCAUAUACAUUGGUGGUAUUUUUCCAGCUCCAAAAUUUGAUUUAGACGUCGUAGACGUUCCCCCAAGACAACCAUACGUAUCCGAUUUAGACGUAGUUUUCCUUAUUGCUUCAAUUAUAAUGCACUUAAUUGACAUGGCAUUUGAUAUCAACAUCGCGGUAAGAUAUCUACUGGCAAAUAAAGUAAUAUAUUUUAUUUGGACUCUUUUCUUCCUACUUAUUCCAUCUUUUAUAAAUGUAAUUAUUAGUAGAAGAAUGCAACAUCAAGACGAAGAGAUAGAUUCAGAUCUGGCACAAUUAGAAAAUCAUAAAACUUGCGGACAAGCAAUAAUUAAGAAGAAAAUAUGUUGUAUCUUGGCCGUGGCUUUCCAAUUAGCACCUGUGAUACGUUAUUAUGAUACUUUGAUUUAUGCUUUGAAGGCACGUAACUGUGAGAAAGUAGGAGAUCGCAAUGGCCAAAAACGAUAUUAUUUUAAAAUGCUGAAGGAAGAUCAAGACGUCGCGCUACUAAGAAUAUUUGAAUGCUUUCUAGAAGCAGCACCUCAACAAGUUCUGCAAUUAACUAUUUUACUGAAGCAUUAUGACAGUGAUAUAAAUUUCGAAUUUAUACAUCAAGUUGGCAGUAUUAUUACUUCUUUACUCAGUAUGGGUUGGGCAAUGGCAAGUUAUAAUCGUAGCAUUCGAUUGGCCCAACAUGAUAAGGAAAUAAUGAACAUUCGAGGUAGCAUAUGUCAAUUUUUAUGGCACUUCCUUGUAACAGUUUCAAGAAUAUUAAUGGUUAGUUUAAUUGCCAGUAUAUGGCCAUUAUACACUGCUCUUGCUUGUGUCUGUCAUUGGAUUGCCAUGACAAUUUGGAUCUUGAUCGAUUCUCAUGGUAUAUUACAGUUUUGUCGUAAGAAUAAUCGUGCGCCUCAUCUGACACCAACGAUAACAGAACGAGUUUAUUCCGUGCUUCUUGCAUUGGUUAUAGGUCUAGUCCAUAUAUUUGUAUAUUUAAAUGUUAUAGAUAGUAAUACUCUUUUAAAACAUGUAUUUUUUUACGGCCUUUGCUUUUUUGAAAAUAUUAUUGCUAAUCUUCUUUGGAUGUUCAAUUUGUCUAUAGAAGCAAAAAAUUCUUGGUACUUUCCCGUAUACAUUGUCCCUUGUACAGUGCCUUUCUUCUUAGGUAUCACUGCCAUGACUCUAUAUUAUACACUUUAUCAUCCAGUUAGAAAGAGUCAACUACAAUUGAGCUUAAGGAAUGAAGAUUGAUCUUUAUGAUAAUGUACAAGAGAUAAUAUUUAGGUAGAUAACUAACACAUUUACAUUAUCAUAUCUCAUUGCACAUAUAACAUUCCAUACUAAUUUAUUAAUUUUUAUACGAAUUUUACACUAUUUAGACAUAAGAAAAGAAAAUAAGAUGUAUCAAUAACCUAUUGUAAGUAAUUUAUAAGCAGUACAAGAAGAAUUAAAAUAAAUUGUAUAUAUAAACAGAAUCAGAUCAGAAAAAUCAACAUAUUGUCGAUUAAUAUUUAACAAAAUAGAUAUUCUCUACAUGUAGGAUAUUUAUAAUUAAAUAGCAUUAACAAGUAAUAUCUUGCAUAAAAGUUAAACUAAUCUUUCAAAUAUAGUUAUAUAUAAUAUUUCACCAAUGCUAAAGGGUUAUUUUCCUUAUUUAUACUUUUUUUUUUUUUUUUAUUAAUUUUAUUUAUGUUUUAAGGAUACACGUGAAAUUGUGUGAGCGUGUGUGUGUGUGUGUGCGCGCACGCACACACACACACACACACAUAUUCAUUUAUACUUUUAUUUUAUAACAAUCUAAUUAAUUGAUAAGUUAAUAUAACGAUCAAUUUCUCAAUGAUAAAAUGAUUAAGUGGAAUGUAUUAAAUAAAAAAUAAAGCAAUAGUCACAAACAUAAAA